UCCGCUCAUCGUACGGAGGCAAAAAUGGCUGUCAUCUCUGAGGGUACACAGUAUUCACCAUCAUCGGUGAUCGCUCUAAAGGAUGCGGCGCGAAAGAUAACAGUUGUGUCCAUUGGGCGUGCUUUAAACUUUGUUUGCUAAACGGAACUUCUCAGAUGUGUUAAAACAAAUUAUUUAAAUCUCUUUCUGUACGUUAAUUUGUGCGAUCCGCAAACGGUAGGAUUCAAGAACUAGUCUUCCGACAUCGGGUUUUCCAAUACAUUCGUUCCUGGACAGCAUUAGGAGCCAUGGGAACCGUGUUCCUCCCAGCGCAGACAGCCCACUCCCUGCUGAGGAGGCUCCGCAGGGCGAACAGCUUCCUGGAGGAGAUCAAGCAGGGGAACAUCCAGAGGGAGUGCUGGGAGGAGAGCUGCAGCUACGAGGAGGCGCGCGAGGCCUUCGAGAACGACGAGAAAACUAGGCGGUUCUGGGAGGAGUACGUGCGGGAGAAGAGUCAGGGCGGUCCGGGGGGUCUGGACGCGGGCCUGGGGCAGUUCCCCUCGCUGUACCUCAUCCUGCCCCUGGUGGUGGGGCUGCUGCUGAUCGGCGUUGCCAUGGUGGCGGUGUGGAGGUGCCACUCGCACAAGCUGUUCCAGAGGAGCCCCGGGUUCGGCCACGGGGCCCGGCGGGACCCCAACCCCGCGUUCGUGUCCAUGGACCGGCAGGGCCGGAGCUACCGGGCCGAGCCGGGCUCCUCGCCCGAGACCAGCGCCCAGAGCAGCCCGGCGCGCCAGGGGCCCGAGCCCGCGGGGCCCCGGGGGGCCGACGCCCCGCCCUCCUACGAGGAGGCCGUGGGGCACGCCGAGCCCCCCCCGCAGUACGACGACAUCAUCAACACCGGCACCACCCGGGUCAUCAUGGGACGCGGCAAAUGAGCCGCCUCCGUCCGGGCCCCGGCUCCUCCCCUUCCCUUCCUGCACCAAUCACGCCCCUCCCUCAGGCUCUGCUCUGCUCUCCCCGACGACCGUCGCUCCGCCGAGCGUGAGACUCUCACACCUGCUCCGUUUGGCCGUCUGUCCCACUGCAGUACACCGCAGCCCUGCCCUGCCCCCCAUCCCCGCCCCCCGCCCCCGACACACAUACCAGCAGAGCGGGGCGGGGGUGGCGGUCAGAGGAGGGGGUCAGUCGGGUGGAGGACAGCACGGAGCAGGACGGAGGAGUGGAGGAGUGGAACAGGUGCAGAGGGGUGACAGAGAGGAGGAGCAGAGGAACAGACGCAGGCUUUUUUUUUUACGGCCUUGGAGCUGCGGAGUGCGAGAUGAACUGAAGGGACGCCAGACCUUCGUUUGUAACGUUUGUGAAGUGGAACACUAAGCCAAUAGGACACUAAACCACAGGAGCUCUAAGCCAAUAGGACACUAAACCACGGGAACAUUAAAGGUACAAUAGGUCAUUUCGGACUUCUAACAGUCAAGAGGAAUUGCAGCAACAAACAGCUUCAAACCACAACAUUGCUUAUCCCACCCUCAGUGGGUCUUGUAACAAUGUUUUAACACAACCUAAGCCAAUAGGACAGCGGCAGCACUAACCCCCCAGACGCUGGGAGGCUUUAUCAGGGUCCUGUGCACCUGCGGAGGGACACAUAGGACAGGGGCGCAUCCCUGAGGGCUGGAGGAGUUCAGGAGCGCUUACUGUAAACACACACCCUCACUUACCACCAUACACACACACCCCCUCACUUACCACCAUACACACACACCC